GGGGCAAGUUGAAGCGGACGCAGAAAGUGAAGCGGUAGAACAGGUUGAAUCGGAACGUGUGUCUGUGUUCGCUCCAGUCGAAUUGGAGUCUGAGGCGCUUGCAGAGACUGCAGCACAACCGGAACGGGAACGAUUGGUUGAGCGUGUCGGUGAGAUGGAGGCGGAAUAUGGUGAAGUUGGUGAAGGCGUAUUUGAAGGGGAGACGGAAGCCGAGUCGGCAGUCGAAGUGUUCGGUGAGAGAUUGGGGCAAGUUGAAGCGGACGCAGAAAGUGAAGCGGUAGAACAGGUUGAAUCGGAACGUGUGUCUGUGUUCGCUCCAGUCGAAUUGGAGUCUGAGGCGCUUGCAGAGACUGCAGCACAACCGGAACGGGAACGAUUGGUUGAGCGUGUCGGUGAGAUGGAGGCGGAAUAUGGUGAAGUUGGUGAAGGCGUAUUUGAAGGGGAGACGGAAGCCGAGUCGGCAGUCGAAGUGUUCGGUGAGAGAUUGGGGCAAGUUGAAGCGGACGCAGAAAGUGAAGCGGUAGAACAGGUUGAAUCGGAACGUGUGUCUGUGUUCGCUCCAGUCGAAUUGGAGUCUGAGGCGCUUGCAGAGACUGCAGCACAACCGGAACGGGAACGAUUGGUUGAGCGUGUCGGUGAGAUGGAGGCGGAAUAUGGUGAAGUUGGUGAAGGCGUAUUUGAAGGGGAGACGGAAGCCGAGUCGGCAGUCGAAGUGUUCGGUGAGAGAUUGGGGCAAGUUGAAGCGGACGCAGAAAGUGAAGCGGUAGAACAGGUUGAAUCGGAACGUGUGUCUGUGUUCGCUCCAGUCGAAUUGGAGUCUGAGGCGCUUGCAGAGACUGCAGCACAACCGGAACGGGAACGAUUGGUUGAGCGUGUCGGUGAGAUGGAGGCGGAAUAUGGUGAAGUUGGUGAAGGCGUAUUUGAAGGGGAGACGGAAGCCGAGUCGGCAGUCGAAGUGUUCGGUGAGAGAUUGGGGCAAGUUGAAGCGGACGCAGAAAGUGAAGCGGUAGAACAGGUUGAAUCGGAACGUGUGUCUGUGUUCGCUCCAGUCGAAUUGGAGUCUGAGGCGCUUGCAGAGACUGCAGCACAACCGGAACGGGAACGAUUGGUUGAGCGUGUCGGUGAGAUGGAGGCGGAAUAUGGUGAAGUUGGUGAAGGCGUAUUUGAAGGGGAGACGGAAGCCGAGUCGGCAGUCGAAGUGUUCGGUGAGAGAUUGGGGCAAGUUGAAGCGGACGCAGAAAGUGAAGCGGUAGAACAGGUUGAAUCGGAACGUGUGUCUGUGUUCGCUCCAGUCGAAUUGGAGUCUGAGGCGCUUGCAGAGACUGCAGCACAACCGGAACGGGAACGAUUGGUUGAGCGUGUCGGUGAGAUGGAGGCGGAAUAUGGUGAAGUUGGUGAAGGCGUAUUUGAAGGGGAGACGGAAGCCGAGUCGGCAGUCGAAGUGUUCGGUGAGAGAUUGGGGCAAGUUGAAGCGGACGCAGAAAGUGAAGCGGUAGAACAAGGUUGAAUCGGAACGUGUGUCUGUGUUCGCUCCAGUCGAAUUGGAGUCUGAGGCGCUUGCAGAGACUGCAGCACAACCGGAACGGGAACGAUUGGUUGAGCGUGUCGGUGAGAUGGAGGCGGAAUAUGGUGAAGUUGGUGAAGGCGUAUUUGAAGGGGAGACGGAAGCCGAGUCGGCAGUCGAAGUGUUCGGUGAGAGAUUGGGGCAAGUUGAAGCGGACGCAGAAAGUGAAGCGGUAGAACAGGUUGAAUCGGAACGUGUGUCUGUGUUCGCUCCAGUCGAAUUGGAGUCUGAGGCGCUUGCAGAGACUGCAGCACAACCGGAACGGGAACGAUUGGUUGAGCGUGUCGGUGAGAUGGAGGCGGAAUAUGGUGAAGUUGGUGAAGGCGUAUUUGAAGGGGAGACGGAAGCCGAGUCGGCAGUCGAAGUGUUCGGUGAGAGAUUGGGGCAAGUUGAAGCGGACGCAGAAAGUGAAGCGGUAGAACAGGUUGAAUCGGAACGUGUGUCUGUGUUCGCUCCAGUCGAAUUGGAGUCUGAGGCGCUUGCAGAGACUGCAGCACAACCGGAACGGGAACGAUUGGUUGAGCGUGUCGGUGAGAUGGAGGCGGAAUAUGGUGAAGUUGGUGAAGGCGUAUUUGAAGGGGAGACGGAAGCCGAGUCGGCAGUCGAAGUGUUCGGUGAGAGAUUGGGGCAAGUUGAAGCGGACGCAGAAAGUGAAGCGGUAGAACAGGUUGAAUCGGAACGUGUGUCUGUGUUCGCUCCAGUCGAAUUGGAGUCUGAGGCGCUUGCAGAGACUGCAGCACAACCGGAACGGGAACGAUUGGUUGAGCGUGUCGGUGAGAUGGAGGCGGAAUAUGGUGAAGUUGGUGAAGGCGUAUUUGAAGGGGAGACGGAAGCCGAGUCGGCAGUCGAAGUGUUCGGUGAGAGAUUGGGGCAAGUUGAAGCGGACGCAGAAAGUGAAGCGGUAGAACAGGUUGAAUCGGAACGUGUGUCUGUGUUCGCUCCAGUCGAAUUGGAGUCUGAGGCGCUUGCAGAGACUGCAGCACAACCGGAACGGGAACGAUUGGUUGAGCGUGUCGGUGAGAUGGAGGCGGAAUAUGGUGAAGUUGGUGAAGGCGUAUUUGAAGGGGAGACGGAAGCCGAGUCGGCAGUCGAAGUGUUCGGUGAGAGAUUGGGGCAAGUUGAAGCGGACGCAGAAAGUGAAGCGGUAGAACAGGUUGAAUCGGAACGUGUGUCUGUGUUCGCUCCAGUCGAAUUGGAGUCUGAGGCGCUUGCAGAGACUGCAGCACAACCGGAACGGGAACGAUUGGUUGAGCGUGUCGGUGAGAUGGAGGCGGAAUAUGGUGAAGUUGGUGAAGGCGUAUUUGAAGGGGAGACGGAAGCCGAGUCGGCAGUCGAAGUGUUCGGUGAGAGAUUGGGGCAAGUUGAAGCGGACGCAGAAAGUGAAGCGGUAGAACAGGUUGAAUCGGAACGUGUGUCUGUGUUCGCUCCAGUCGAAUUGGAGUCUGAGGCGCUUGCAGAGACUGCAGCACAACCGGAACGGGAACGAUUGGUUGAGCGUGUCGGUGAGAUGGAGGCGGAAUAUGGUGAAGUUGGUGAAGGCGUAUUUGAAGGGGAGACGGAAGCCGAGUCGGCAGUCGAAGUGUUCGGUGAGAGAUUGGGGCAAGUUGAAGCGGACGCAGAAAGUGAAGCGGUAGAACAGGUUGAAUCGGAACGUGUGUCUGUGUUCGCUCCAGUCGAAUUGGAGUCUGAGGCGCUUGCAGAGACUGCAGCACAACCGGAACGGGAACGAUUGGUUGAGCGUGUCGGUGAGAUGGAGGCGGAAUAUGGUGAAGUUGGUGAAGGCGUAUUUGAAGGGGAGACGGAAGCCGAGUCGGCAGUCGAAGUGUUCGGUGAGAGAUUGGGGCAAGUUGAAGCGGACGCAGAAAGUGAAGCGGUAGAACAGGUUGAAUCGGAACGUGUGUCUGUGUUCGCUCCAGUCGAAUUGGAGUCUGAGGCGCUUGCAGAGACUGCAGCACAACCGGAUCGAGAUCUUUUGAUUUCGCGCGUUGGUGAGUUGAAGCAGGAUCAUUUUAAUAAUUUUCACUCUAUUGACAUUUCAUCGUCUUAUCCUACAUCUGCUUGUAGAUUUUUAGAUACUGUUUCUUUCCCUGUUUCUUCUUUUUCUAAUACAUCUUGCAGUCUUUAUCCUCAAUAUACCUGUAAUUUAGCAGAUCUUUAUUCUGUUCCGACAUUGUCUGAUCGUCAACCUGCUAUUUUUCCUUCUGUUGUUAGUUCGUGCUCUGAACCGCCUUCUUCUUCUCAUUCUCUUACAAUUUGUCAUGAUGUUUCUUCUACACCUGUUGUUUCUUUCGUUCUCUCAAAUGUGUCUAACGAUCUUUCUUUUUCCUCUUCUUCCUCCCGUUUUGUUCAUGCUGGUGUUUCUGACUUUACUCGUAUGCCUUUAGAUUCUGUGUCUUUAUUUGAUUCAGAUGAUUCAGCGUUUGUUGCAGAAGGCUUACAUCUCGGUCUCAGUCAAUUUGUUUCCUGUUCAUCGGAGUCUUUCACUGAAAUUCCUAGCUUUGUUAUAGAAGACAGCGUCAUUUCUGUUGAUGCUCCUGACGUUUGUUUCACUACGUACUCUAGAGAAAGUCUUGGAGAGUUGUCUGAUUGUCGACAGGCUGGCAUAUCUUCAGUACAUGAUAUUUCUGCAGAAUCAGUGCCUUUCUUUAUACCUGAAGCUUCCGUUCUUGCUGUAUCGGGAUAUGAAUACAAAUCAUUAAAUGAACUUGGAUCAAGCAAUAGAUUACCAUCUAUUGUUCAGGACACUGCAAAUGUAGUGGAUUCACAUGAUAUUCGGGAAGUAUCUGAGGAGGGCGUUAUUGGUAAAGAUUCUUCAAUAACCAAUGGUCAAAUUGUUUUGCAAACUUCUGGCUCAUAUCAUUCCGCUUUUCGAUGUGAUCCUGAAUAUGGCAUUUCAGAUUAUUCAAACAGCUUAAUAACUGAUAGUUUUGCUGAAAUGAUUAUGAAAGAACCAAACCAUGAUACCGAAAUCUUGUAUUCACCUAAAGAUCAAGAUGCACUAUGUUAUCAGCUUCAAUCAGGUGUGUCAUUAGUAACUGAAACACCUACAAAGUCAGAUGUUUUAGAUAAAUCUCCGCCCUCAGGAAAAUCUGACUUGACUUAUCUUGCAGCAGCAUCAGGAGCAAGUGUAGCUAUGGAAUUUACUGAAGAGGAAGAGGAGGAAGAUGAGUUCUCCAUGGCGUGUCCUGGUAGGAUGAAAACACUUGAACAUGGUGAUUCCAGUCAAUUAGUUCAUUCAGCUCUUGAUAGGUCCGCUAAAAUGCUUACUCGUCUUCAAACCUAUGGAUUUCGAGAGAAUUUGAUGGGUACAAAUUCGCUUGUUAAUCUUAAUUGGCAUGCAUCGGAAACAAAAUUAACAACUCCAUGCAUAGAAUUCCUCGAAAAUGAUGAGAAGACUAAUUCAUUAGCCCAUCAAAAUAUACCUACAUCAAACGUACAUAUGAAUAAGUUCACAGAGCUCGAUCGCGAAGAACAUGAGGACUUUGAUGGUGAUAGUCUUGAAGAAUUAAAUAUCCCAUUUGAAAUUUGUAAUACAUAUAACACACCACGUGAAAUAAUUACAGAUGAAACUGAAUGUGGAAGCACUAGUGUGUUCCCGUUCCCUGAAACUGUUGCUACAAAUCAAGUCUUCAACUAUGACAAUAAGUUAAAAUCUGAUACAGAUUGUCAGCAAGACUCUUUUUUUGAAAAAGAAGUAUCUAGACGUCAACAUUUAGAUUCAGAACUUGUAAUCUCCUCUCAAUCCAGUUCCACUAAAAGGAUUUCAUUCAGCCCAGACCAUGAAUUACAAACAAGUUCCACUGCAGAUGAAUCUAGUUUAAGCAGUCACUCGACAAUUGUGAAUGUUGGAAUAAUGAACCAGUCACCAGUUGUCCCUCAACUUAUAAGAGGAAAUCUAAUCGACGAAAAGCUAUUGUCUCAGAGUUUAUCAUCUCAGGAACAUGAUUUUGGUGUAGAUGCACCCGAUAGUAUUCAGCUACUGGAGUCAAAAACCACCCUAGCAUCUAUUGAAAGCGAUCUUGAUAUUCUUGGUGAGGAAAUAAAGCUGAAAGAUAAUAAUGCUAUAUUGCCACUUGGUCAGAAUUCGGUUCACCUAUCUAGCGUCGCUAAAAGAAAGCAAUCAAAUUUUAUAUCUAACCUAUUAGGAACAGAGCCUGUGGUAGGAAGUACUGCAUUACGAACAUCUACAGAUGUCAGUAACGUUCCAGUGUCGCAACCCAUCUGUACUACUGAAGGACAUAUCAAGACAACACAACGCUACUUUCAUGAACCAAUCGGAGGAUAUGUCAGUUUUCCACAAAUUUCAGAGGGUUCUUGUGAUAAACAGUUAAAAUUUUCUAAUGAUCGGACUAAAUCCUCGCCAUCCAGUAUUAAUGUGGAAAAAAGAAUAGAAACAAGUGAUGAGAACGUUACCAGUAGCUCACUGUCCGAAUUCGAACGACUAGAAAAAGAAUUGGGUACUAGCAAUUCUACUUCCCCUAGUAGUGGUCAUAAAGGAAGUGGUGAAGAUGUCAGUUCACAUACGUCAUCACUUUCUGAGUAUCUACGUCAUGAAAAAGAAUGUGAAAGUUUCGAUGAAAUUUUGGCAUUACCAUUUGACUCAAAACUUAAACUAAAAUUCAACGAUUUAAUAGAUAUAAAUGGUAAACCAAAAACAGUGGUCACAGAUAUGUUAACUUCGAAUAACCUAACACCACUUUAUGGACAAAUUUCAACGAUUUACGAAGAUGUGGCGGAACAUCAUAUAAGUUCACUCUCACAGAGUAUAGAAUCUCCAACCACUUCACUUCAUUCAGCUAAAGAUGAUGAUCAAAUAUCAUUUACAUACUCAAGUCAAAAAGAUGAAAAUAAAUCACAGACCGGUUGUUCUGAUUCUGAACUUUUAAUAAUAUGUUCGAAAAUGCUCAGUGAUCCUUUACAGGCCGAAAAAUCUAAAGGAAGUUUAACUUCUAGUUCCGAAAUAGAACCUUUGCUAGACAGGGUCGAUGAUCCACUGACAGGAGUAGAAGAAACUGAUUCACUAAUUUGUUCUUCGAUCUAUGACUCUUUAGUACCUUCUGGCUAUGAAAACAGUAUAUACGAUGGGACACCGAACAUGAAUUUUGGAGUAAAUGAUAACUGGAGAAACCGCAUAUCCCGCAGAAUAGAUUCAUUAGAUGAAAGCGAACAUGAACAACCCAGUAAAGUUACUGACUCUCUCUGCUCCCCUUCAUCGUCAGAUAUUUCAAACAGGAAAGGGGAAAACAAAUUAAGUCCGCCGGAAGAAAAUGAUCAAGGUAUAAUAGAAUUUAAUUCUGCCCAUAUAGAUAUCUUACAUCAACAAUACAUCGGAACUAUCGUAGAGAAACAGUCUUGUACGGUAUUUCCAAAUAAAUCUUGUUUUAAUGAGAGGGAAAGCUCUAUUACUUAUGGAAAACAGCUUCAGUCAACGCAUUCUGAUGAAAAGCAAGACUCAGGUACAUCUGUGUCAGGAGUUGCACAGUAUGAAUACCUUGAUAAGCCAGUACUUGGAAAUUGUAUGACAGACUCAUUAGACGACAGCGGUUCAGUUAUAGAACAACUAGGUACUAAAAUAUCUUCAACUGAAUGUUCAGCAACCACUGAGUUUGUAACAACAGGAAUACCUUCUUGUUCAUUCUCUACAGCACCAAUCCCCCUAUUAGCUACUGAAUCUAAAGCACUUAAAUAUUCUAAAGUUAUAAAAACACUUAAAAGUGAUGUUUCUUCAACUGUGGAAAAAGUUGCUGUUCCUACCACAUCUGGGGCAAUAGCUCUUCCAAUAUGUGAUAGUUCCUUACAAAGUACCUACCAAGAUGGUGAAAGGUAUGAUCUUAUUUUAAAAAUAGAUUUGAACCCUCAGUCGACUGUAUUCGAUACUUCAGAAGAUGAGAUUUUUGUGGAAGAACCGUCAAAUGAUCUUCAACAACUGAACAGUGUAACGACUGAUGACGUUUCAGCUGUAGCUGUAGAUUCGAAAACGAAAGAAGCCCUAAAAAUGGAUAAUGUACCGUCAGGAGAAGUUAGUGAGGCAUGUAAACAAAUCAAAUGUAAAGAGUUCAAAGAGUCGUUCAUAGUUGAAACUUCCUCCGACUCAGAUUAUGAAAUGGUCAGUAUCACUGAGAGAGAAAAGUCACCAAUAGCUUUCAUGUCAGAAAAAAUGAAGAAGGGUAAUGAACAAGAGUGAAAAGGAAAGAAAAUAACAACCUUAACCUUGGUAAUGAUGAUCUGAAUGGGAUUGUUUGGUCUUCUUCAUAUCAUGUCAACAUAAAGCGUACCUAAUUUAUUAAUUCUGUCUUUUUAUGUCAGAUUUACAAAGCAUUUAUUUUCCUACCUACUAUUACUGUUAUGGUUACUGUGAUUAUUGUUAUUUUUUGCAUUUCCUUCCUUUAAAUCAAUUUAUAUUCAAACAUAAGCACAUUUAAAAUUCCUAACACUUAUCUGUUUAUCGACGCCUAAGAUACAUAUUUUAAAUUUUUUGUCUAUUAAAAGUAAAGUAAAAGUAGAAAGAAGCAUAAAAUAUUGCUGAUUUGUAUAUACACAAACACAUAGACACAGUAGUACAUACCCCAGACAUAUUUAUACACAUAAAACAGCCUUUUAUGAUACAGUGGAAUUUGCUAAACUGAACUUCAAUGUUGGUCGACUACACUGGACUCAUAAAUCUGGAUAUGAUUGGUACCGACUGUUUAGAAGCAAUUUUUCAACCUAUAUGAAAAUCAAAGGUAUUCAUAGUUUCUUUCGUUUUUUAUCAAUAUAUUUUCCUUAUGCGUUAGCUGCAUUUGUAAGGCAUGUUUAUAAUUUCUGUCUCAUUAAUUUCUCAUCAGGUCUACUAACCAAACAAUGAAUAAACUAUAUUUUUUGUAAUGUAGAUAAGUUCUAAAUAUGCAUGCAAUACAAAUCCAGUUUGAAGUACGUUUAGAUUUAAUACGCAUGUUUUAAUUAAUUAAUAGAUUUACUAACCGUUGAUACCCAUCUUUUCCCAUACCAUUCCUCAGCAGACUACUCAGUGGAAACAAUAGUAGUUAAACUAAUUUUAUUCGUAACAUUAUCACAAAAUUUAUAGUAUAACUGAAGUCUUUAUCUCAGAAGGGAAAGUAUUUCACAACUGUAUAUCUAAUGAUGAAUUAGAUCAAUAUCGCAUUCAUAAUUAGUUUGAAGAUUUGUUGACUGAUUAUUUGGAACACAGUUUAUAUUAUCAGAAUUUAAAUUUGUUUCUCUUCAGUUUUAAGGUUCUUGAUAUUCUAAGCACUAAAUGUCAUCCGGGAUGCAAGACUGAGAACUUCAGAUGGAUCAAAAAAGGCUUAACAACUAAGUAAGAAUCCGUUGAUCAGCAUUUUGUGCCUGCAAUCGGUUUGUGUCACAGUUCACCUAACUAUAAACUCUAAAAGCAAGCAGUUGUUUAUAUUCAUGAAACUUCUGCACUUCGAAGACUCCUGUUAAAAAAAUAUUAAGAUGACUCAGAUUUCGGUAAUCAAAACUAUUUUUAGAUCAGAAUAUUGGACCAGAUGUCUAAGUGUUUCUUAUAGUUGAAUAUAAACUUAGCCAUCGUACUAUUAAGGAUAUUGUCAUUCUACUAACAACUGAUUUGUCUGUAUAAAUUUUCCAUACAAGAUGUAAAAAAGAUGUAAAUUUAACAGAAUGUAAGAGCAUUAGUUAUUUUUGAGCUUCAGCUAAUGAGUGAAUGGAGUUUUCAUCACAUUUAACCUUGAUGUAGCCACACAGGAGGUGGUUAGCUUUUUAUUGAUACUGUGUAUGGAUUUCCUUGAUAUGCCGAAACAUUGUAUAGGCCUACAUUAGCUCAUUCUUCAAAAUAUAAUGGUCCUCUGUAAGCUUUAAUCAGUUUACUAUAAAUUCAAGGAUAUAAGGUCUUAUACCAAACAGUCUCCUUGUCCAUAAUGUUCAGUCCUUAUAAUGUUUUUCUUGACAAUGAUGAUCUCUAAAAUACUCACGAAAGCAUCUGUAUUUUGAAAAACAGCAUGAAAAUGAACUAAUAUUUACAGUCGAACCAAAAUCACACCAUUUAUUCAACACCCUAACAAUUUAGAAAACUGUUAAAUCUAAGUCGAUUCUUGAAUUUAUUAAUUGGUCAUAGAACUCAGAAGGUCUGUAUUACUCACAAAAUUUACGUGAUAACAUAAUCAGCUAUAAAUCUGCUUUUUUCUACUGUCUCAAUGUAUCCGAUUGUGCAAUCGCUUGGAGACUACGUGGCAAAUGAUAGUUUUUUCAUCCAAACGCUUAAACUUCCAUGACGAACCGUGAUGAAUAAAUCUGUUUCUACUGUCUCACUACAGUGUGUGAUAAGAAAAACUCUGGGCUAAUGAAUAAAAACUUUUGUGUUGAUUUACUUAACUUUGUUUAUGAUUGGAUUUCUAUUACUUUAUUUCACAUCUUGACUGAAUAACGUAAAAUCUAUCAAUGAUGAUUGUUAACUUGGCAAGACAUUCCUGAGGAAUAUUGGUAAGAAUGUCAAUUAGUUUUACGCAGAAACGUAGCUUUACUGGGAAACUAAACAUUCUCUCUAACGAAUGAGUGGAUAUUCUACUGAAAUAAGAAUUGCUUUUGAAGAUGAGCCCUCUUUUUUAUCACUCGGUUAAAAACACAGAAAAGCUUCUUAUCCCCAUAUUUUACAUAUUCAUUUUAAGAGUUUGACUAGGCAAACAUAAAAAUAACUUAUUAGGUUUUCAGGAUGUUCUCGCGUAAGUAUUAAAAGUAAAGCCAUUUGUUAUAAAAGAGAAUGUUAAUAUUACUUUUUAAUCACGUUAUAUCGGAACCAAGAUUUGCGGCCCAAAAUGGAGAACCAGCUUAACACUAAAGAAUACUUUAUUCAAUACAAUUACACACCGUGAGUCAGAAGUAGAAAGCAAUGAUAAAAAAGAAAAUCACACAUUUAACAGUCCGCAACCUGUGGCUGUUUGUCCACGCUCAACGACAAAUCAUAUUUUACUCUCAUUACCACACAUCAGAGACGAACAUUCUCACAUUUUCGAACUAGUUUAAUUUUAAUUUAAGAACCAAUAAAUAAAUUUAAAAAACUUGUGUGAUCUGAUAAGAAAAAAAUAUUUUGAAGUUGGUUAGUCUUCGUUUACAACCAAACAAUCCCUUUUUACCAUGGAAUUUCAUCUCUUACUGCUGAAUCACACAUAAUGGAAGAGAUAAAUUUAUUUGAGAUUUAGGGCGUUUACAUAUACCCUCGAAUCUAUAACUAAGCAUUGUUUUGUUAAGUAAUCAAAUUUCUUUUUUUAGUUCUACUUUCUGUUUUUAUUGGUUAUUUCCAGCAUUUUAAUGAAUGAUUACAGUAACAAAAUUCGCAGAAAAUUACAAGAUAUUCAAUGUCUCCAACUUCUACAAAAACUUGAAAAAGGUUCAAGAAAAACAGAAGCGUUAUUAUGCUACUAUUUAAAAUUCUUAGACAGUAAUACAUGUCUGUGUGUAUUUUUUUAAAAUGACUUUUAUCGAAUUCAACGGAAAAAAAGAACUCGUUCGUACUGUCUAACGCACAAUCUCUUAAUCACCAAACAAGCUGGUCAAAUCUCACUGAAUUCGUCAAAACUAGAGAUCACAAAACGUUUUUGAUAAAAAUAUUUCUAUAUUAACCAACUGAAAUUUGAUUUACCCCCGUUUGCAUUACAUAAUGUUGUUUAUUGCUAAAAUGUCAGUUCAUGAGAGAUUUAUUUGAACUCAAAAUUUAAUCUAACGAAAAUAAUCUCACCAUUAAAAUGCCUCAUUAUUUGUUGAACUUUUGAGAAUGUCUUACUCUUAAACUCUGGAUAAGCUUAAUUGGAAAGUAAGCAGAAUUAACGAAAAAUCAUUAGGGUACGAGAAAACUUAAACUGCACCCAACAUCUUUACUGAACCAUCUACUCCAACGUAAUUUAACACACAACUAAACAUGACAAAAUGUGCAUGCUUUAUUUGAGUUAUGGCAUUUGCAUUCAUCUAUUUCACUACCCGUUACUGCAAACGCUCAUAAAGAUUGUGUUACUCUAUUUACUAUGUUUCAGGUUUUCUUGCUUUCUCAUUAUUUCCUCAUCUAAUUUGACCUUUUACUCACUUCAUAUUAGUAUUUUUGUUCGAGUUCGAAGUAAUUUUAGUCAGAGAACCCUAUGAAAAGCCAUUUAUGCCAUCAAAAAUAUGCUUACUCAUCGUGUCAUCUGUUCCGAAGUUCCUCUGAGGAAUGUAUCUUUUACACCUUCCAUUCUCGCAUCGAAUACGAAAAAGAUAAAGCCUCUUCGUUUUCCUUUUCAUAUGAAGUGAAUUUUGUUUCGAAUUCAUUUUUAUUUGCAAUUUCAACUGUCCGCUUUUGUAUGUUUUUCAUUUUUGGAUUUCAAUUCACUUGUCUAUUUUUCUUUCCCCAACUAUUUACGUAAAAUGGUAUUUUGCUUGCUUUUUUAGAUUUCAUUUUUAUUUCCCUGAUUUUUAUCUUUUUUUGAGGAGUGAGAUGAGAAAGAUGGGGAAAGGGGGUAGAGGGAGAAAGGAAGUUAAUGAAGAAAAUAAUACACACAGAUUACAACUGCUAUUUAUAUCCACUUCUAUGUAAGAUAUGAAUAUUAAAGUAGAUGUAUUAUUUUUAUUCACAUUUCCGUCUAAACUCGUACUUUCUCUCUCGAUUUCUCUUAAAUUUUGCUCGAUUAGCUUGGAAAAAGAUUCAUGCAUAACCAUACAGCAUUUUUGAGAUAAAAAUACUUUGAUGAAUGAUCUUUUCGUGAACAACAGUGGGGUUUCGGUUUUGUUAGUAUACAUUUUUCAUGAAUGAAAUAUGGUGAGGUGGUCAACAGUAAGACUCUAAAUGAUAUUUUUGUUCAGGCGAUUUCAUUAUCUUUCAUGUCUUUCACCCGUAUAUUCUGUCAAAUAUGAUAAUUAAUUUGCGUAAAAAUAUUACAGCAUACUAAGCU